AUGCCUGUACUCAAAUUAGAUACCAAUGACGAUCAAGAAGCAGCAGUGGUUUUUCCUUUUUUUUUUUAUGUUGCUUGGGUUCGUCAAAACAGUGAUACUUGGUUAAAGUGUGAUGAUGAAACUGUUAGCGCUGUAACUAGUGAGAAGUAUAAACUUAGCGGUGGUGGUGACUCAUGCGCAUACGUUCUUUUAUAUGGUCCAAAAAUUUUAGAAGUACCUGAUACAGAUAACAAUGAGGAUUCAGUACCAAGUAACUCGAUUUAAAAGACUAAAGUAACUGAAACAAAUUUCUACUCUGCAUCUAUUAGCAAAAAAUGCAUUUCCUUUUUUUUUAUACCGUUGAACAUCCUAAUAUAAUUUUAAUGUUAUAAUAUUAUACUAUUUGCAAAAUUGGUGUCAGUUAUUUACUACCUACCGAAUCAUAAAGAUGUACAUACAUUACAUACAUAAUCGGCUGAUAUGCAAUUGCAGAACUAUGCAUUCAUUGAUUCUAUACGCUUAAACAAAAAAAAAACAAAAAUGGUAUAUGAAGUCUGUAGAAAUACAAAUGAUAGAGUAUUGUAAACCAUUAAAAUGUUUUUUUUUUUUAUAAUAAUACAAUAAAAUUACAACUG